UUUUUUCUUCCCCUCUUGUCGUUUUGGGUUUCUCUUCUUAUAUCAAAUUAAACCUACGUCGUUUUGGGUUUCUCUUGUUAUAUAUCAAAACUACGUCGUUGCCGUCCUCGCUUCUCUCUUUCAUUCGCUUCAGCCGUUGUUGUUCUCCCAAGACAGACUCUUCUCUUCUCUCUCUCUCUCUCUCACGCGGACGCCGCUGCUUCUCUUCAUUGUUGCUGGCUUUCUCGACCUCUCUCUUUAUUUUGGUAUUAAAAAAAUUAAAAUAAAAAUCUAGGUCUGUAGCAUCAGUUUGUUACAAUGCCGAAAAAAACUUCUUCUAAAAAGGCUAGGCAAGUGCAAGAAAAUAAUAAUGCUGUGGAAGAAGAAAAACCCUCUCUGGUGACAAAGAAGAGUUCUUCCAGAAAGGCUAAGCAAAUGCAAGAAAAUAAUAAUGCUGUGGAAGAAGAAAAUCCCUCUCCAGUGACAAAAAAGAGUUCUUCCAAAAAGGCUAAACAAAUGCAAGAAAGUAAUAAUGCUGUGGAAGAAGAAAAACUCUCUUUGGUGCAGAAAAAGGCUGUUAGUGAAAUCGAUGAAAUCUUUGCAGGAAAGAAAAGGAAGAAGUCUGAAUCUGAAAAGCCUAAUGAAGAAGCAGCUGGAAAUCCUAAGAAGACUAAGAAAAAGAAGAAGGAUAAAGGUUCUAAUGAUAGUGAGUUCGCUGAGCCACCUUCCCGGCCUAGAAAAAGAACAAAUGAUGGGUUUACUGUUUACACAGAAGAGGAGUUGGGUAUUAAUAAGUCUGAUGCUGGAUGUACCCCAUUAUGUCCAUUUGAUUGUUCUUGUUGUUUUUGAGGAUACAUGCAAAAAUCUGUUGGGUGUAGUUGCUUCCUUUGAUCCAGUGAAUCUCUGAGAUUUUCAUGCAGUCUUGUAACUUUUCAUUUGCUGUUUUGUUGCUAUAAUUUGAGGGUAUUGGAGCACAGCUUUCUUCUGCCUUGUACACUAGAACUAGAUUACAUUACUUUUUAUCUUAUUCAAUCAA